AGUGAGAAGCUCCCUGACUCGGUGCCUCCUAAAAAAAUAUAUAAAUAUAAUAAUAACCUACCCCCUUACCCCUCCCUUCCUCCUCGCUUUGAUUCAGUCUAUGUAGCCUACACGCAGGAGGAGAACGUCCACCGCAAAGCCAAGACAGUCUAGUGAGGGAGAGAGAGAGAGAGAGAGAGAGGUGGGGGGAAACAGCUGCAAGCGGAUACUCAACAUCAACAAGCUGUAUGAAGCAUCUGUAAAGAAGAAUAAGGGAUUUGGCGAGGACAGCGAAGGGGGUUCCUUACGUUUUCCCCUCUUCUCUGCUUUUUUGAUUUCAAGAACAGAGGCGUGGAGCUUGCGAGAAUAUCCUACAAGUGGUGAAGCGAUGGUUUAGCGGAGCAAUUUGGCAGAUUUUUUUUUUUUACAGCACGACCGCCCGACGACACUGUAAUUCCGAGCAGCAAUCCCCCAAACAUCUGUGGACGCUUUUCUGGUGGGGAGAUGGCUGUUUUCCGGCUGUCGUUGCUGCUGCAAGUGGGAUUUGUGAUCGGAUCAAACCACGAAUACGCGGAAUGGUCAGCGCAUGGGAAAGAUAUCAGAGCACAAGAGGCGAUUUACGGCGCUCAGACGCACCGUCGGCAGCUGGCGCAUCUCCGUGCGCCUCAUCCUCCCGUGGAGACGGCGAAGCUGCCGCAGAAAAUAGAGGAGUAUCUCCCCAGGGUGGUCACGGCGUUUCUGCACACGGGGGACUCGACCACCUUAAAGCACGCCAACUGCUCUCGGAGGUACGAGCUCACCUCUCUGCGGGGAAGGUCACACGCCACCCCGCAUUACUCCAUGAGCAGCGUGCUGGAUACGGUGCUGCACGCCACAAACUUCCUCAACAUGAUCUUGCAAGCCAACAGGUCCAGGGAGCAGAGUCUCCGGCGAGACAUUGAGUGGUACCAUGCCCUCGUCAGGAGUAUACUGGAGGGAGACGCCAAGAUACACCGGGCGGUUGUCACUUUCAGCGCGGAUCCGUCCGUGGAGGGGCCCUCGGUGCUUCUUCAAGCCACCAGGGCCGGUGGAGAGAUAGUCCUCCAAGACCUCUCCAGCGUGGCCCACCACCAUCUGCACAACCGCACUGAAGACGCAGAGUGGUACCACGAUGUCAAAGACAGGAAGAAGCCCAGUUUCCAUAAGAGGGUGCUGAGCCAAGAUUUCAGAUCAGUUGACAAUUCCAUAAAAAGAGGAGAAAGUUUUAUCCCGGACAAGACGCAUGUCAAAUGGUCUGCACCAUACCUGGAGUGUGAAAAUGGGAAUUUUCUUCCCCGUUGGCUUUUGACGUUAUCUGCUGCUUUCUAUGGCCUGAAGCCCAACUUGGCCCCAGAAUUCAGGGGCGUGGUGAGAGUGGACAUUAAUCUACAGGAUGUUGAUAUCGACCAGUGCUCCACUGACGGCUGGUUUGCUGGAACCCAUCGCUGCAACCUGACCACUAUGGAGUGUUUGCCGAUCCACGGUCAUGGAUUUGUCUUAGACAAGUACAAAUGCCACUGCAAGAAAGGAUUCUACCACCCCAACAGAGUCGCUGUCAAUGGCUUUACAAGGGACGGGAGGAAGGGGAAAGGAGCGGACAGCAGCCCCAAUGCGGACGAGGGCUCUUCCAGCGACUGCCUGCCAUGCCAGCAGGGCUGUGCUUACUGUAAGGACAACACACCCUGUGUGGCACGAGAAGAUGGCGCCCUUCGCAUGGCUGUGCUCUCCUUCCAGUGCCUCUGCAUGCUGAUCGUCUUUGUUAGCAUGGUGCUCAUCUACCAUUUUCGCAGGAAUAAGAGUAUCAGAGCAUCGGGUCUAGUCCUGCUGGAGGCCAUCCUGUGUGGAGCCCUGCUUCUCUACUUUCCGGUCGGGAUUCUCUAUUUCCAGCCGAGCGUGUUCCGCUGCAUCCUGCUGCGAUGGGUUCGACUGCUGGGCUUCGCCACCGUCUACGGGACACUGACUCUGAAGCUGUACAGGGUGCUGAAGGUGUUCCUGUCCCGUACAGCCCAGAGGAUCCCUUAUAUGACCAGCUGGCGAGUGUUGCGUCUGCUGGGCAUCAUCCUGCUUAUCGUCCUCUGGUUCCUCGUGGCUUGGACAUCUGCUGUCUGCCAGAACCCGGACAGGAAGUUGGCUCUCAUCGAUGUGGGCUACACGCCUGACGGACUGCAGUUCAGUAUGUGCCUGCUGGAUCGCUGGGACUACAUGAUGGCUGUCGCUGAGUUCCUCUUCCUGCUGUGGUCAGUGUACCUGUGUUACGCUGUGAGGACGGUGCCGUCGGCGUUCCACGAGCCUCGCUACAUGGCCAUCGCUGUUCACAAUGAGCUUGUCCUGACAGCGAUAUUCUAUGUCAUCAGGUUUACUCUUGCUCCUGAGCUUCAUCCAGACUGGAUGCUGCUACUGUUCUUCACCCACACGCACUUAACUGUAACAGUCACACUGGGUCUACUUCUCAUCCCCAAGUUCCUUUUUGCUGGCACCCACAUGAGAGAUGAUAUUGCCUCGGAGGCCUAUGAGGACGAGCUGGACAUGGGACGUUCUGGGUCGUAUCUCAACAGCAGCAUCACAUCAGCUUGGAGUGAACACAGUCUGGACCCUGAAGACAUUCGGACACCAGACGAAAUGGGCCAUCUCAGUUCUAUUAAUGGCUGUGGCGUAAGGUCUUACGACAGUCUUUGGGAAAAACGUACCAACGAGGAGUUGAAGAAACUCUACUCCCAGUUAGAGAUUUACAAGAGGAAGAAGAUGUUGGCAAACAACCCUCAUCUCCAGAAGAAGCGGAGCUCCAAGAAGGGGCUGGGUCGUUCUCUGAUGAGGCGCAUUACUGAGAUUCCUGAAUCAGUGCACCGGCAAUGCAGCCGUGAGGACAAGGAGGCUGGAGAACAUGGGAGCAAUCGUAACAGCAUCUGCAUGUUGAAGAAGAACCCAUUCGAUCCGACUCACCCGGGAAAGCCAGCAAAGGAGGAGACACUGAAGAACAAGGUUUUCUCCCUGAAGAAGUCCCACAGUAGUUACGACCACGUCCGUGACCAGAGUGAAGACUCAAACAGCUCGGCGACAGAGAAGAUGGAGGUGACCACAGCUGAAGGGUCCCUCCUGGAUACACUUAUGGGCAAGAAACUGGUCAAGAAGAAGUCCAGUGAGAAUAUAAGUGUCCCCAGUGAAUCUACCGAAUCAGUACCCUUGGUCUGCAAGUCAGCCAGUGCCCAUAACCUCACUGCAGACAAGAAACCAAUUCAUCCUAGAGCCUCCAUGUUGCAGAAGUCCCUCAGUGUCAUUGCCAGUGCCAAAGAGAAGACUUUGGGUUUGACAGGAAAGACCCAGAGUACAGAGGACAGCAAUAAGAAGAGUCAGCCAAAGAGCAAAGACACAAGGGUAAAUGCAGAGUCAGAGAAUGAAUGCCAACCCAAGAUGAUCAUUAGCCAGUCAGUUGAGUACAAACAGACCACAGCAAAAGGCAGAAUCAUGAAACAGCCAGUGAGUGGCAGCCAGCCCACAAUCUGUUCUGAUCCAGUCAAGGGAAAGGAUCUCUACGAUCUAUCAGAAGUGUGUCCCUGGGAAGUAGAGGAUCUUCCAACACCUUCUGAAAACAAAGUCCAAAAGCAUGUAUCCAUAGCUCCAAAGGAAACCACAACAGUUCACGGAGGUGGCACCAAGGGGGGCAAAUCUCAACAGCAGAAGCAGAAAGUUUCUGAUCAAUCUCCAUCGAGUGCCCAGCAUUCAAAGGAAAUCCAGAGGACAACUGCUGUUCGAGCAGAGGUUUGUCCAUGGGAGGAUGGAGGUGAGAGUCAAACCAGUCAAGUGGAAGGGUUGAAGCAACAAACAUCCAGUCAGUCUAGCCAGCUUGCUAAGACCCAGCAGCCUCUUUCUAAAGUAGAAAGCUCCCAAACAAAUCUGGCAGAGGUUUGUCCUUGGAACUUCGAAGAGGCACAAAAGACGACAGAGUUAGCUUGUUCACCAAAUAUGACAAAGCAGAGAAAAGGCACCUCUCCAGUGGAUGGGCAAGGGAGAAGUACCCUUUCAGAUCCAUCCAAAAUAGCAGUCUCACUCCAACCACCAACUUCGAAAGCAGAUGUAUGUCCCUGGGACUAUGAAAGCACUGCAGUAUCUCCGAAUUCUGAGAGAACACCUAGCCCCUCUCGAGGUUCCAAAACCAAGGAAUCCCCCUCAAAAAAGACGGAUACCCCUUCCACAAGAACAGUUGAGAAAGAGAAAUCAAAAGACACUGAUGAUGAAAGAAGUAGAACAAAAGCAAAGGACAAGAGUAAAUCGUCAGAGAAACAAAUGAGCCAACAAAAAAUGGCUGAGGUAUGCCCCUGGGAUGUAGAGAGUCAUCAGGAGGUGCCAGUGGUAGAAAAAAGGAAAAGUGCUAAUGUUGGAGCAGCCAAAGCAAAGCCGGCUGAAGUCUGUCCAUGGGAUUUUGAGGAUACAUCAGAUAAGAAAGGUACUGACAAAAGUGCUUCUGUAGUGAAACAGAGCAAUCCAAAUCCUAAAGGCGGAGUUGUAAGUGCUCCAAAAAAGGCAGAUGUUUGUCCCUGGGACUUUGAGGAUAGCACAUCGAGCAAGAAGGCGUGACACUCAACCUUAAUGGACCACUGAAAUUAUAGUUAUUGAUGUAUACUUUUUUUCACUUUGAAAUCGUUAAAUAUUACCUUUUACUAUUAGUACGGUGACUUGGAAGAAAAGUUGAUCAAGUUCCACAAGUUGCCUUCCUUUCCGAGGUUUUGUUCCGGUUUUACCUAUUUUGAAAAUAAGUAAAAUGUAUAAAAACAAAACAAAGUCAUGACGAGCAUUCCAGAUUAUUACAGGAAAAUCCUGACGAUGAAUCUUAGACUACUUAUGCAACUUUUGAUUCAGCCUUUUCACUUCAUGAGCAAUGUUGAAAAUCUGCAUUUAUCAUAUUCUGUAUUCCGCCAACGAUUCUUACAUCGAUUUUUUUUUGUCCAUUAACAUCAUUACUUGGACUAGGAUAUGGCAUGAUAGAUGUGUAGAGAAAAAAUAUUGCUGUGUAUAGGAACAAGAAGUAUGAAAUUAAAGACAAAACAGAAAAAGUGAAAGCCAAAGAAUAAGGGAACAAUUGCAAAGAGAGGAUGUUGGUCUCAAUAUUAUAAAGUUAAUUUAUUAGUUUGUGUCCAAACCUUAGCACAGAGGGAAGGACUCAGUGAGGAAAUCAGCCUAAAGCACUUUAGCCAACUCCAUAAAUUAAGAACUGAGGACAGACUGUCCUUCUUGUACAUUUCAUCUUCUUACUUUCAACGUCAUGGCACGAUAUCAAACAGGAUAUCAUACCAACCAAGCUUAGGCAUUUUUUUUGUUUUGUUAUUUUUAGAUCUAUUUAAUUGUAGUUCUCCGCAGAUUAAAAUGCUUCCAAGUCUGCCGAGAUGUACUGUAUGUGCCUAACUAACUAGCAUUGUCUUGUAUCAGUCUGAAGUGAAGCAAGUGACUUCCUCUUCAGCAUUUUGUGACGGUGAAUUAUAUAAGCAGCAUGCACAGCCAGGUAACGAGAGUUGUUGGUCCCUACUGGUUUGUCAACUAAAGCAGUUAAUGUGUUGACAAAUAUAAUGUCAUUAUAGUUGACUUUUUUAAAUAUCAGAGGCACUCACUUUCCUGCUUUCAUAUUUCUAAAAGCUCCUUCAAGGCGGUAAAUAUUAUAAGAGAGCAGCAUUAAUAUGAAUGUGUGUCAAAAUGGCUCAUAUGUACACUGUAAAAACUAAGCAGAGAAAUACUGAGGGGAUACUAAGGAAAUAAUUUGCACCAGCUUUGUUCAUGAAUCCAGCAUGGAUCUUUUUGUUGGCAGGUUUAACUGCAGGUUUUACAAACAGCUGGUACAUACAACCUGCAGCUUGAAGGAUAAUAUUGGUUUGUUACAGCUUGGGUGUUAUUUUCUUUGUUUUAGCCAUAAUUCUUAUCAGUAACAAUAACAUUGAAUCAGAGAAACUACAACAAAGUCCUGUUGGGCAAGAAACAUGAGCAGUCGGACAGACAUAUAUGUGUAUACUUAUUUGGAAAAAAAAACCCCAAGGGUGAACUGUAAAAUAAUAUUGUUUCCCAACUUUUCCAUUGUAAACGUCAGUUAUAGUUUAUCGAUCGACUUCCUGGCCAGAAACAGAGUUCAUCAUCAGCCAGUUUUGAUGUCAUUUUCAGUCAAUACGGAAGUUGUUGUAUAGGGGCUGCUAUAAGCAGCACAUCUAUCUAUAAAAUAAAUAUGCUGAUUUAAAAGUUGUUUUUCUGUAAGUUGACUUACAACAACUUUUAUAGCUGCAUCGAUCUCAUCGACCCCAGGAAGAUGUCCCCAUUUCAUAUCCUGCCCUCGAAGAGCUGAUUGUCCAAUUGUUCCUCCAACUGAGAAAAACAACCGUCAGUAACACCAGAACUAUUUGAAUUGAGAUCUGGGUCAAGUCAAGUACACUUACUCUCAGUUUUACCUCCAAAUAAAGUGCUUUAUAUAAUCUAAACUGCUAAACUACUGGUUUGUUUACCAUGUUGCUGUGCUCCCAGAUCAUAGCAAUUACUAAAAUGUUAUCAUAACAGGUUUAAACAAUGGUCAAAACUACGAAAAAUAAGACACAAGCUUUUAUAAACUGGACCUUUUCUUUAACAAGCAUUAUACUGCCAUCAUUUUUUUUUUCUUUUUUUCUAUAUUGCAAGUUCACAAGUAGUGUAAUGCAUGUUUUGUCCCGACUUAAUACAAAAUAGGCUAAAGCCCAAUUGAUUAAUUACGGUAAUCAUUUUAGAAUUACGCUUAGCAAUGUGGUUAUCAAUUACUUAUCUUACUAAACCUUUUGAAGGUUUUGAUUCAUUCAGUGUUUUGUAUCAAAAUGUCUAAAUAUUCAUCAUGCACUAUACAUCCUGGGAUCACGGUAAAAAUAAGAAAUCUCCCACUUAUAUAUCAAAAUAUUAACUGCUGAAUACCUGACAAGAAUUGCUGUAAUGUGAGGAAAACUAUGUAUCAAUAUAGCAUCUACAGUACUUUAUGGUAUCUUGUGAGAAUUACAUGGUAUCACUGAAUGUUGUCACUGAUUGUAAUUAUCUGUAAUUGCUGUCAAAUUCCUCAUGAUAAAAUAUCCGAGCUCUGUAGGAGUCCUUACUAAUUGUCAUUAAAAUCAGUGCUUGUCAGUGAGAAUUUUACAAAGUCCUUAUUUGAUUAAACAGUUCUUCAACUGCUAAAUUUGACAAAUAUUUGUAGCCGUUCUUAUGCGAUUUUGUUUAACAUGAUUCUACAGCUAGACUCUAUAAACAUGAUUUAGACGCUACGUCUUAUAUCUGCCUCCACCUACUGAGAAAUUACCUCUGCCAUUGACCUUGCUUGUCUGAAAUAUUUCAAAUGUGGAGUGUUUGCCUUACAGCGUGGAUUUGUCAUCACCUCUGCUUUAUGAGCUCCUUUAGGAAUAGUAUCUGAGAAAAGCUGUCACCGUGCAUGGAUUGAUUGUAAUGCUUUGAUGGAUCUAUAUGAUAUUUAUGAACCAGAUGUAAAACGUCAUCCAUCAUCUGCAUCGUGGUAGCGGAUGCGGGAUCCUAUUACACGGGGAAUCCUGACCCCUGGUAUGACAACAGCGACAUUUCAGAAGCCCUUUCCGUUUUUUAACUGACUUAAGUCUUUGGAAUCACUGCCGCAUUGGAUUUUACUGCCCUGGGUGAUGAAUAAUAUGCUGUAUAUUUAAAAGAAAAAAAAACUUACCUCUUUUUUGUCCUUGUAGGAAAGCUAUUUUAAAUGAGGAGAUGAGUUUAUUUCAUAAUAAUUAUUUUCAAAGACGACAUGACUUGAGCUCACACAGGCUCUAAAACAAUUAUGAUCUGGGUGAAAUUUAAACCAUUUGUUUCAAAGAGAACCAACACAAGCAAUAUUUUAUGGCAUUUUCCAGCGAAAAAGGUACUUUUUUCUGGUGUCGAAACAAUUUUUUAUUUAUUUAUGUAUUUAUUUAUGUUGAUUUGAAACUUUAACGCCAGAUUAGAAAGAGUUGGAGCACAAAGGAUUACAGUUAUACUGUCUUAGAGCAGAAAAUAAUAACAGUGCAAUAUCCCACCAUUAUAUUAUGGAAUUAUGUCACAUAUUUUGCAUAAAAAUCAAUCUGAUCUGUUGUAUUAUUUGCAUAAUUUCAAAAAGAGUGUGUUUGCCGUAGCUUUCCUCAGUUAAGUCAGUCCAUAGCUGUCUGUGUAUUAAAUUGUGUAUGCAUAUCCAGUGUCUGAUUGUCUGUUUCUCUGGAGACAUUGUAUUUUAGCCGUAUCAUUGAUGAAUCAGUGAAAGUUUGAACCUCAACCAUUUACUCGGGUGUGCAAACCAAGACCAUUGUUCUUGUACCAUCUUGACAUAGACAAUACUGUGUCCUGUAGCUCUUUAUCCACCAAUUGGAUCUUUACCAUGGUGCGUUCUGUUGGCUAGCUGCUCUCAUUUCAAACCUGACUUCUCUCUUGUGACCAAAUCAAGUCACCCGAUGGCAAAUACAACUACUACUAUUGCUACUACUACUAUUCAAUGCUGUAACGUCGUAAAUCUUGCUCUUGUGGCUUCUGCAUGAAUUCAAGAAAUUAGUAGGACCGAUGUUUCACUGCCCUUGAUAGAACAAAAAAGAAAAAAAAUUGAUCUUUUAUGGACUGUUACAAGUUGUAUAGUGAGUGAUUCUGUCCCUAACCCACUGUAUUAUGUGCUUGUUAUAACUAUUGCUCUAUGACAAGCUUAUAGCAUCAAUAUAUGGGAAUAUUUGGUAGAUUUAUAUUGUGUUAUAUUGUGAUAGCAUGUACAUAAAAGAUAC